AUGGGUCUGCGAGACGCUCUGAGGAAAAAGGACGCCAUAGACCAUGACCAAGGCCCCGACAUCUUCGUGCGCUCCGACUCCGACACCAUCACGCAGCAGUUCGCCACGGCGCCGGAUCAACAACAGGGACAUGAGCAAGCAGCACAAGGACUCGGCCAAGGCUCAGGCUCGCCCGGCUUCAACGACGCCCUGCUGUCGCCCGCCGCGUCCACCAGCGGCGAGCCGCGCAAGUCCCGGCGCAGCUUCGACUUCUUCCACUCGUCCUCUGACCGGCCGCGGAGCCCCUCGGCAUCCUCCGCCACCAGCCAGACCAAGAAGGAGAGCACGGCCAGGCGCCUGUCGCACCGCCUGCACCUGAGCCGCGCCCCCAAGACGUCGGACCACGUGCCGCAGGACCUGCCCGAGAUCGUCGUGCCCGGCACCGACGCCGGCGACAGGGAGGCCGAAGAGUUGCAGUGGGAGAAGAGGGCCACGAUGCUGGCCGGCCAGAACGACCGCGCCAGGAGCCCUGCAGACGGCGCCGCCCAUGUGAGCCUCGACGGUGCCGCUGCCCGCAGCCGCAGCGCGUCGACGCACUCUGCCACCGCCCCGGUCUCGUCCAAGCAGAUCGACGCCGACAUCCAGGAGGCCAUCCGCCUGCAUGAGGAGGGGAACUUUGCCGAGGCCACCAAGAUGUUUGGGCGCCUUGCAGACGAGAACGGCGCCAACAACCCGCUGAGCCAGGUUCUCUAUGGACUGGCCCUCAGGCACGGCUGGGGAUGCACACCAGAUCCUGAGCGGGCGGUUCACUAUCUAACGGCAGCGGCCUCGAAUGCUGCAGCCGUCGAGCAAAUGGCCAUCCAGGCCGGCCUGAAGAAGGGAGGAGCGGCAAAGGGAGAGCUGGUUCUAGCCAUCUAUGAGCUGGCCAAUUGCUUCCGCAACGGCUGGGGCAUCGAAAAGGACCCAGUCGCCGCGAAGCAGUACUAUGAGACGGCGGCGAACUUGGGCGAUACUGACGCCAUGAAUGAGGUUGCCUGGUGCUAUCUGGAGGGCUACGGCUGUAAGAAGGACAAGUACACUGCAGCCCAGUAUUAUCGACUGGCUGAGAAGGCAGGCAACAAGACACUAGGGAACACAUGGAUAUGGAAGGAAAAGUACAACAAGAAAAAUUAG